AUGUCAGCGAUGGGAGAGCCCAAUUUUGCCGCCUGGACAGCGCAGAGGGUAAUGUCUGCUGGCGCGUUCGGUGGCAACUAUACCGUGGUAGAUAAAGUCCCUCCUGAAAUGCUCUAUCUCGUCGAUCAUCACUGGUACCAAUACCCCCCUAUGAACCCACUUUGGCAUGGCAUUCUUGGUUUCGUUAUCGGCAUCUUAGGUUGCAUUUCCGUUGCCGGAAACGGAAUGGUCGUCUACAUUUUCAGCAGCACUAAGUCCCUGAGAACACCGUCCAACUUAUUGGUAGUAAACUUGGCCUUCUCUGAUUUUGCCAUGAUGUUUACCAUGUCUCCUCCUAUGGUUAUCAAUUGCUAUUACGAAACCUGGGUAUUGGGUCCAUUGAUGUGCGAAAUCUAUGGAAUGCUUGGCUCCCUCUUCGGAUGCACCUCAAUCUGGACGAUGACCGCUAUUGCCAUGGACCGAUACAACGUCAUUGUAAAGGGUUUAAGCGCUAAACCAAUGAACAAAAAAGGAGCCUUGUUUAGGAUUUUACUUAUCUGGCUAUUCGCUCUUGUAUGGACACUCGCUCCAAUGUUCGGAUGGAAUAGGUAUGUGCCUGAGGGUAACAUGACUGCCUGCGGGACUGACUACCUAACCCAGGACUGGCUCAGCAAAAGUUACAUCUUUGCAUACUCGGUCUUCGUCUACUUCAUGCCGCUCUCUAUAAUCAUCUAUGCAUACUGGUUCAUCGUACAGGCUGUCGCAGCUCACGAAAAAUCAAUGAGGGAGCAGGCCAAGAAAAUGAAUGUAGCUACUCUGAGAUCAGGAGACGCAGCAAACACAAGCGCCGAAUGCAAAUUAGCUAAAGUAGCUCUAAUGACAAUCGCACUCUGGUUCUUCGCAUGGACUCCGUACUUAGUCACCAACUGGACAGGAGUACUUCAAACGGCCAGCAUCACUCCUUUGGCCACCAUCUGGUGUUCUUUAUUUGCCAAGGCAAAUGCUGUCUACAAUCCCAUUGUCUACGCUAUAAGCCACCCUAAAUACAAGCAGGCAUUACACAAGAAAUUCCCAUCCUUGUCUUGCGCAGGACCCGCUGACGACGCCACUUCGACAGCGUCCGGAGUCACAAGCGUUAGUGAAGAAAAAUCAUCAGCGUAAUAAAAAGAAAAAAACCGGCCGACGACUAAAGGAAAACAAUUACUGUACAUACAAAGACAAACCUGUGAAUGACGUUGUUAAUUCUUUUAUUUUAAUAAAUCAUUGCAAGCAUAA